AUGGGGACUAGAGUGUAUAUUGGUCGUUUGGCAAGAGAUGCUCGUGAACGAGACGUAGAAAAACUCUUUCGUGGCUACGGUAGCAUUAGAGAAAUUAAAUUGAUGAACGGCUUUGGUUUUGUUGAGUUCCGUGAUCAUCGUGAUGCUGAUGAUGUAGUUUACACUUUUAACGGCAAAACUUUUAUGGGUGAAAACCGGUUCGCCCCUCCCCAAAGAAACCCUCAUUAUCGGUUAAUUGUGGAGAAUUUGUCUUCAAGCUGUAGCUGGCAGGAUUUAAAGGACCUAAUGCGAAAAGCUGGUGAAGUAACGUUUGCCGAUUGUCAUAAAGAUCGAGACGGUGAAGGCGUUGUCGAAUUCUCCUCCUAUGAAGAUAUGAAGAAUGCUAUCAGAAAGCUUGAUGAUACUGAAUUGAAAGGAAAACGUAUCAUAUUGCGUGAAGCUCCAGAUAAUGACACUGAUCGUGAACGUGAUCGCCGCUCUUCAAGACGCUCGAGAUCUCGAUCUCGCACUCCUCAACCAGAUCCAGAUCCCGAACUAGAUCUCCUAAUGGUAAAGAUCGUUCUCGCUCCGUUUCACCUCGUCGUGUGCGUGAUGACUCGCAUACUCCCACCAAAAGAAGUAGAUCCAGAAGCGGUGAACGUGUUCGUGAGGAUGAUGACAACGGAUUUCGAACCAGGUGCAAUUGGUCGCUUAGUGACAGCUGGUGGUGAUAGCAACGUGCGGAUGUGGAAAGUCACAAAAAGUGAAAAAACUUCUCCAAGAGUUGAAUUUCUCUCUACCCUAAAUAGACAUACUGCACCUGUUAACGUUGUUAGGUUCGCUCCAGCAGGAGGAAUUUUGGCAUCUGCUGGCGAUGAUGGUAAUAUAAUUUUGUGGUCCUUGUGUGAAGAUCAAGAACCGAAGCAUGUUUCGUUGAUUGGGAAUUCCGAAGGCGAUUCUGAUCAUGAAAGUGAAAGCUGGCGAGUAAAGAACUUUUUAAGAGGUUCUUCGGCGGACAUAUAUGACCUUGCAUGGUCACCAGAUGGAAAAUACAUUAUUACCGGUUCUAUCGACAAUACAGCACGAAUAUGGAAUGUUAAUGGGGCUGGUCAUAGCCAUUAUGUACAAGGAGUCGCUUGGGAUCCUUUAGGAAAGUAUAUUGCCACCCAAAGUAGUGAUAGAUCUGUACAUAUUUAUUCAUAUCAAAUCCAGGAUGACGGUUCUUUUACAAUCACCGAUCUUGGAAAGAAUUUGAAUUACAGACGCGAUGUCAUUAAAGAUAACAAUCACAAUAAUAGUACGACAACAGAUAUAUUUUCAGUAUCAUCAUUAAAUACUGUCAGUUCACCACCACCGAAAACAACCCCAUCAAAACCAUACUCGAAAUCAUUUCGGAUGUAUCGUGAUGAGACAUUGAAAUCAUUUUUUAGAAGAUUGACAUUUACACCGGAUGGAUCGCUGCUCCUGACUCCAGCGGCUAUUUAUCGUAAUUCAGCAGCAAACAAUGAACAACAACAAACCACAAGAAUCGAUUCCGAAGCAAAAAAUGCAGUUUAUCUAUUGCCUAUUGCAUGCCUUAAAGGAUUCGAAAAAUCAUCAAUUUGCGUGAAAUGCAGUCCUAUACUAUACAAAUUACGCGUUAUCGAGUGCUCUUCAUCUCCAAGCGAUAUUGAUGCGUCUUUGUCAAAAAUGAGCAUCACUGAACAUAGUAAGACAUCACACACAAAGUUUCUCGACUUACCAUAUCGUAUAAUAUAUGCAGUUGCAACGCAAGACGCGGUCUUUAUCUAUGAUACACAACAAUUGAGUCCAUUGGCGAUGGUGUCAAAUCUGCAUUAUGCAACCUUUACGGAUGUGACUUGGUCUAUGGAUGGGAAUAUUUUGAUCAUCACCUCUGCUGAUGGAUUUUGUUCUGCCUUGUCAUUUCGUGAAGGGGAGUUGGGCGAACCAUAUAAUAAAACUAUUACUAAUGAAACGCCAAAAAUCCCCAGCACUAUCAGUAAUAUACCUAAAGAUAAUGCUGAUGUGAAUACUAUUGAUGAUUCUUUGGGAGUCGGAGCUCAGUCUUCGCCACCAGCUGACUUGUCUUUGGUUUCACAAGAUCGAAAAAAUCAAAAUGGCACCAACACAACAAAUCAACCAAACAUCGAUCAACUUUUGCAAACACCUUCACAAUCACCCAAUAAUCAAAAGAGAAUUGCACCAACUUUAAUUAAACCAUUAGAUACUUGA